GUGAUGUCAUAACGCAAACAGCGCUGCGCGAGUCGCGAUUUCAGCGUCCUUUCCUUUCACGCAGGACAACGCGCACGCGCUGUGUUCGCACAUUCAGACCAAAUCCGAAAGUCGUCCAAAGGAAGGCGAUAGAAUGGCUAUAGAAAAAGAAUAUCAGAAGCACAUAUCCAGACUGCCACAAAUCCCCCUCAUCUGCAGAGGUGGGUAUUUGUAAACCCCCCUAAAUCUCCAUUUGGAGGAGGUCGCAAUGACUAUGCGAUCCACUGUGUUCACAAGUGAAGGACACAGACUGGACGCAAGCCUGAGCACAAUCCACAACAGUGCAAAUCAUCAGCACCUACGCAAAGCAAAGUUCAGCCAUCAGAGUGCAUCGUCCUGUCCCGACCCAUCUUCAGCAGGAGGCCACAGACAAGAGGAGAACUGGGAGACACUGGGGUUCUUGACACUCCCAUCUACCAAGCAGAUGGGGGCCGAAGGUUCCCCGGUUAAGAGCAAAUCACUGUUUUGUCCGGCCAAUCACAACCACGUGGAAAAGAUGGAUCCCAUGGCAUCAAAUGGCAGCAGCCAGCGGAGAGACGGAGUGGCUGUCCCUUCACCAGAAAACAGCCCUGAUGGGAAGCGUUGGAAUGUGAGAAAAGGCUCCGGACUCGUGGACACGCAGACCAGCUGCAUCCGACAGAUCCUGCUGCUGCAACUGGAACUGAUCGAGCAGCAGCAAAAGCAACUUCACAACAAGAACAAAGAGAUCGAUGAUCUCAAGGCUGAAAAAAACAUGCUAAUGGCACGGAUUGAACGCAUGGAACACAGACUACAGACGGUGAGAAAAGAUGGAGAUUCUCGUCCCUCUCAGACGCCUCGUCGAAAAGAGUCUGAGGCGAAGACGGCCUCCUCAAAUGAGGGCCAGCAGGAGAAGCGGGUUGACGCCCCAAAACAAGAGCGCUGUGACAGAGCAGGAAGAGACACGAAAAGGAGGUUACUUUUCCAGGACUCCAGGAAGGGCAGGACGAGACGUGGACAGGCCAAGUCACCACCACCAUCACCACCACCCCAGGAGGGCCCAUCUCCAAAAGAGGAACCUCAGGACGUGAGUUGCUCUGGAUCACAGGCGGAGGACCAGCCUUACAUGACAACCACUGAGACGUGUCGUUGCCAUCAGCCACCUCCGUCGCCAUGGGGAGACUCUUCCCCCGUGCACGAGGACACCGUUCCAGUUCCGUCCUGGCGAGAGAGCAUCAUAGAGCCUCUGGGGCAGAAAGAGGCCUCGGACAUCCCUGAGUGUCUGGAUGACAGUGUCUUUUUGAAGCGGCACUCAAAGCUUGAACUUGAUGAAAAGAGAAGAAAAAGGUGGGAUAUCCAGCGUAUUCGUGAGCAGAGGAUGUUUCAGCGUCUACAGCAGAGGAUGAAUAAAAGGAAGGUGGUUCAGGAGAGUGAACAAGAGCGGUGCUCCUUACAUCCAAAUCCUGAAGAUGUGGAGUCUAUUAUGGUAACACCCUUCUUGCCAACGGUGGCUUGUGGAAAACCUAUCCCUAACCUAAAAGAGGAAAAUUUUGAGUUGCCAUUGGUGGAGGAACGUAGCCGCUGCCGCAGUGAGGUGAUCAAGAAAAGGACGCCACAUCGGAGGUGUCGCAAAUGAAACCAUCUUCAUAUGCAAAGCAGUGAUGACACGCACCUCUCACCACAGAGUCAACAGGAAUCCGCUUCAUUUAUACGCCCUGUGUGUUGAAGCAAAAUCUUGGCCAUGUACUCUUAUCUCUUCUUGGACUUAAUCACUAGAUUGCACUUUGAAUAUUUUGAGGCAGAUUGUGGGCUGGCUUGGAUAUUGCCCCGGCUUGGCAUCUAUAAGAAACGGUUUUGUAAUGUCUGAGAAAAAGUCUUUCAUCCAUGGUCAUGGUGGCCUCUACAGUGUUGAUUGUAACACUCACGUGGUCAUGCUUACGUUAUAUCUCGCGAUUAACUUUAGCAAUAUGGACCAAAGCUUUUACCAUAACCCAUCUGCUAUAUAUAUUAAACCAUGGUUGCAGAAAUACAUUUUUUUUGUCAGUUGCGGUCGGGUUGCUCAGUCAUAAAAAAAAUUGAACAUGGUUGAAAGUCAUUGAAGCAGCAUUUAUUGUAACAGAAAGCUCUGUUAAAAAAUGUGUAAGAUAUUUAAAGCUAAAGAAAUUUUCAAAUAUUAAAACAAGUUGAGAAACGG